CGUGCAGAGUUCGUGACGCGCACAUAAUAGAGACUCCAUCCACGAUCCGCUAAACCUAACCUACCGCUCGUUCAGCACUACUCUGCCUUCGUGUGCGUGUGUGCGAUCUCGAGACGUUGUUCGUUAACGACAAUUACGAAAAUAAAUAGAAAAACUUUUGCGUACAAUUUGUUUAACUAAAGGUAAAAUCGUUCAACAUGACGAUGACAAUGGGCAACGACAGCAGACGCGGGACACGUCAAGCUUACAAGGACAAGACCAAGCCCAACGAUAUUCGCAUGAGCAACAUCGCUGCGGCCAAAGCUGUUUCUUAUGCUAUCAGAACUAGCUUGGGACCCAGGGGAAUGGACAAAAUGAUCCAAGCUGGUAAUGGGGAAGUCACAAUUACAAAUGAUGGAGCCACAAUUUUGAAAGAGAUGAAUGUUAUUCAUCCAGCAGCAAAAAUGUUGGUAGAAUUAUCAAGGGCACAAGAUAUUGAAGCUGGUGACGGAACUACCAGUGUUGUCGUUAUUGCUGGCGCCUUAUUAGAAGCUGCUGAGCGUCUGCUUCAGAAAGAUAUCCAUCCAACUUUGAUCAGUGAAUCUUUCCAAAAAUCAUCUGCCAAAGCUGUAGAGAUCCUUAUUUCAAUGGCCAAGUUUGUUGAUAUGACAAAUAGAAAUGUACUAGUCAUGACCGCUGCCACGUCUUUGAACUCCAAGGUUGUAUCUCAACAUUCAAGUCUUUUAGCUCCAAUUGCCGUGGAUGCUGUACUGAAAGUAACAGAACCUGGCAAGGAACAAGCUGUCGAUUUACAGGACAUCAAAGUAAUCAAAAAACUUGGAGGUACUGUUGAAGACACUGAACUUAUUGAUGGAUUAGUAUUCACUCAUAAGUCGUGCAACAUUAAUGGGCCAAAACGUAUUGAGAAGGCAAAGAUUGGUUUGAUUCAGUUCUGCAUCUCUCCACCAAAAACAGAUAUGGACCACAAUGUAAUUGUUUCUGAUUAUACAGCUAUGGACCGUGUACUGAAAGAAGAAAGAGCCUACAUUCUCAACAUUGUUAAACAAAUUAAGAAAGCUGGAUGCAAUGUUCUCCUUGUUCAAAAAUCUAUUCUUCGAGAUGCUGUCAGUGAUUUGGCCAUUCAUUUCUUAGAUAAAAUCAAAUGUAUGGUCAUCAAAGACAUUGAAAGAGAAGACAUUCCUUUCAUUUGCAAAUCUCUUGGUAUCAGACCUAUUGCUUCCCUCGACCACUUUACUCCUGAAAAUCUUGUCAAUGCUGAGCUUUGCGAGGAAAUUCAGACUGGUAACUCCAAAUUUGUUAAAAUUACUGGUGCUCAAAACCCAGGAAAAACCGUUACCAUUGUGGUUCGUGGUAGCAACAAACUCGUUUUGGAAGAAGCUGAAAGAUCUUUGCACGAUGCUCUCUGUGUCAUCCGUUGUUUGGUUAAACAAAACGCUAUUCUGGCUGGCGGUGGUGCUCCAGAAAUUCAAAUUUCUAUGCAAUUGGGAAAUCACUCAAGAACACUCACUGGUGUUGAUGCUUACUGCAUGAAGGCUUAUGCUAAUGCACUUGAGGUUAUCCCAAUGACACUUGCUGAAAAUGCUGGUUUGAACCCAAUCUCAACGGUCACCGAGCUGCGCAAACGUCACGCCAAUGGCGAAACCGGCACGGGCAUCAACGUUCGCAAGGGUACGAUAACGCGUAUGUACGAGGAAGACGUCGUUCAACCUUUGCUCGUUUCGAGUUCCGCCAUUACUCUGGCUACCGAGACAGUGAGGAGUAUCCUCAAAAUCGAUGACAUUAUCAAUACAUUCAACUAAGAAGCUAGAUCGAAGCACUUGUUUUUUAUUGAACAAGCACACUUUUUCUCAUUUAAGAUGCAUUUAACACCCAUAAUCUAUGCCCACACAUCUUCAACGCUUACUUACAUGCAUUUUUCAAAGAAAGAAAGUUUAUAUACAGUAUAUAAAAAAAAGUUCUGAGAGCUUAGGACGUUGUAUGAAAUGUUGUAUUUUACUCACCUUUUUGAAGGAGAGACUUCGGUUAAAUAAAGAAGUACAAGUUUUUAUAUCACAAAA